UGUUGAGCGGCUCAGCGGGGAGCAGCCUGUCAUUGACCGGCGGAGCCGCUCGCUUGUGGGGGUCUUUUUCGUUUUUCCUGGCUGCCGUUCGGUGCUCAUGGAUAGUUCUAGCUCAAAGACGAGGCAGUGAGCCAGUAUUUGUGACAGAAUGGUAUUAAGAAAAAGACUAAAAUGGUGCCUUUGUAGUAGGAGUAUUGAUGCUGCCGGUGCCUUGUAGCUGGAGUGAAAGUUAGCUAACGUUAAUGAGUAGCAUAACGUUAGCCGACUAGCUAAUGCUAGGCCUUCCGUUUCCUUUGGUUUGUCAGGACACUUUAUUGUUUUAUUCCUCUCUUAGUAAAGCAGAGCUCUGUAGCUCUUUUGUUUGCUGGCGUUUGCUGAUUUAUUUUUCCCCUUUGCUUCCUGUGGUGAACAAGGCACUGAAAUGAAGAGAGUGAACAGCUUUCAGAGGUUCAUGAACAGACGGGCCUCUGCUAACUGCCGCUACCAGCCCACCUGCUAUGAGCAUGCUGCAAACUGCUACACCCAUGCCCUCCUCAUUGUGCCGGCCUUCGUGGGCAUGGCGUUGCUGCAUCGUUUGUCCGAUAAUGGCUGGGAGAGGAUCACUGCCUGGGUGUACGGCAUGGGACUGUGUGCCCUCUUCCUGGUCUCCACUGUGUUUCAUAUCAUCACCUGGAAGAAGAGCCACAUGAGGUCUAUGGAACAGUGUUUCCACAUGUGUGACAGAGUGGUCAUCUAUUUCUUCAUCGCUGCCUCCUACACACCUUGGUUGAACCUGCGUGAGUUGGGCCCACUAGCAGCACACAUGCGCUGGUUUGUGUGGCUCAUGGCUGUUGCUGGAACCAUAUAUGUCUUCAAUUAUCAUGAAAAGUAUAAAGUUGUUGAGCUGGCCUUCUAUUUGAUGAUGGGUUUUUUCCCUGCAUCAGUAGUGACAUCAAUGAGCAACACAGAGGGCCUUCAGGAGCUGGCCUGCGGUGGACUCAUCUACUGCCUCGGUGUGUUCUUCUUCAAGAGCGACGGCGUCAUCCCCUUUGCCCACGCCAUCUGGCAUGUGUUCGUGGCGCUGGCUGCGGCUGUGCACUACUACGCCAUCUGGAAAUACCUCUACAAGGCCCCCAGCGCAGACGCCCUCCUCCAGUCGUGACCAAAACUGAGGCUGGACACCGGUUCUCCACCUUCACUGCGCGCUUCUGAACAGAGGCGCCUGCACACCGAUCCCCCUCAACUGCCCGCUGAAGCUGCAGCAAAAGCCGUAAAGUUUACGAAAAUAAUGACCAUGAAUUGUUUACUGUUUUCUAACGCGGAGAACAGAUUUUUCAGCGUCUCACUGACGAGCAAAAGCUACUUUCAAAGCUGUUUUGUACGAAUUCAGUCUAAAAAAAAACACAGCGAGGGAAUUUUGACUUUUUACAGUGAAACCCGCACAUUCAUGAGUAUUUGAGAAAUUUGAUAGCAGCCUUUUGUAUCACUUGAAGUGAGUUACAUUCCACAUUGGGGCCAUGUGAGUGUCAAAACCUGGAGAUUCCUCCAUAUCAGCUGGUUAUUUGAACACUAGGGAUAUUGAGUGAGGUGCUUAAGUUAGCUCAUAUCAGUAACACGGCUGGGUAUCAUUUAAAACCAAAACUAUUACUUUUUUCAUACUUUACUCUUGAGAAAUCUGAAAUUGUUUUUUUUUUUAUUUAUUAAAAUACGAAACCAAAGGUCUGAAAUGUCCAAAUGUAAACAGCUGUACAAAAACUUUGCCACAGCAAAAUUCUGAGAUCAGUAACUAUAUAAUCGAAAAAUAAAUUCAGUUAGAGCAAGAAUCUGAGCAGAUAUUUGAUGCCAACAUUUGAUACUCUGUACUAAAAAGUAAUGCUGUAUUAUGCUCAGCCUUUGUCAGUAGUUGAUGCAGAUUGGAAGUGUCUGGAGUCAGUUUUGUGCUGCUGGUGCAUUUUCAAGUCAGUCAGGACGGAACGAAAUGACAAGAAAAAAUCUAGAUGGAAGUUUAGUGAUUUAUUUUCCUAAUUUAUUUUCACAGUGAUCACAUUAUCAACCCAUCUGAUUCACAUUCACACGUUUUUGACCAGUACAUGUUUUGUUUCUGACCAGUAUCCAAAUGCAGUCCUCAGGUUUCAGGGAUCAACAGUUUCUCCUGUAAGUGUUUAACGCCCCCUGCUGGUGUUGUAAGAAGGUGAGGAGGUGUGUGGAGGUGACACAGAUGAGGUGGAGUUUUGUUAAUGAGCCAAAUGAUGAGAGAAAAUCUGUUCAGGUUAAUAUGAGACCGACUGUGAACUCUGUGUGUGUGUCUGUGUCUGUGUGUGUCUGUGUCUUUGCGCGCGCACGUGCACGACCUUCAUACUGUAGUCCAGUAUUACAUUUCCACUGAUUGUCUCUCUCUCUGUGUUUUUGAUUUGCACCACUAGGACAAACAGUGUUUCCUGUCUGUGCUCUGAAGCGGGUUUGAUCAGUGGAGAAACCUCAUGUUCAUGUUUUUGUAAAUUUGCUUAAUGGCUCCAGAUUCCAAACAUGACCUUUCUGUUGCUCUCCUCCUCUUAGUGAUGUAUGGAGCUGAAUGAUUGCAUAUUUCUUAAUUGUUGAAAUGAUUUCCUGAACCACUCUGUUUUGUAAUGUUUGUAUAUUCUGUUGUUUGUUCCGUUAAUUACAUGAUCCUGGCCUUUGCAGGGAAAAAAACUGCUUCUUGUCUGUCCCAUUGGCUGUUAAUGGUGCUGCAUAUACAUGAAUGCUCCUCCACUAUACUGAAUAUCACCUUUCUAAUGUGACAAUAAAAAUGAUAAUGCCCCACA